AUGCCUACGAAUACCGAGAGGCUAGCCUGCAGCGAAUCCAGGGACACGGAGAUAAGAGUGGAGCAGCUGGUCCGGGUGGCAAGCCACAGUACCACGCCACAGGGUCGUGUGGUUGACGAAGGCAGUGCGAAGGAGGAACAAGCGACGGGCGGGCCGGGGAAGCCAAGUUAUGGGUAUGGAGAGGGAAGAGACAGAGUAGCAGGUAGUAGCAGUGGAUGGAUGUCAUGUGAAUGGAUGGAUGGAUGGACAGGUGGACGAGGGAUGGAUGCAGAAGGGCGGCCGUGUGUGUGUCACAGCAGGGCAGAACAGGGCACAGCAGGGCAGAGCAGGCUGGGCAGGAUGAUCCUGUGUGAGUGGGCCGUCUGUCGCCCUCUGCUCGGUGCUGGGAAAUCCGCCUCAGUGGCCAUUGGUUUCCACGACGCCUCGGGCUGUCAGCAGCGGUCCCAAGUCGCAGCCAAAAGCACCGCCUGGAGAACCGUUCGUGCCAACGCCGACGGGCCCGGCAGAAGCAACACGCACCACCACCACAGCCCUACCACUACGCAACCGCCGGGUGACGAUGAGACGAGACGAGAUGACGUGAAAAUGGCGCGUCUUCAUGUGCGCACUAGAACAUGGCCCCCGCCCCCCUCCCAAGCCCUGGGCUGGGGCUGGUGCUGGUGCUGGUGGCUGUGGGCUGAAGCGUACCAGCACGGCAGCCGACUGAGGCGCGCAGACGUGGCCGUGGGCGCGGGAGAGAAUAUCCACAACCACGACAAGACGACAAGCGACGACAAGCGACGACAAGCGACGGCCUCGCCCAUAGCUGCUGCCCAUGCACGACCCGGGCAGGCGUGCAAAAGCCGCCGGGCCUCUGUGCAAGUCGCUGCUGGUUCGACUGUGCCGAACCCCAGGGUUGCAUGGAACCGUGUCAUCGGUGGGCCUAGUUCAAGCCUGAGCAGACGGGUGCCAAUCUAUCUGUCUUGCACUUGCCUCCCGCUCUCGAGUAAAGUAGACUGCAGCCUUGCCAUGGCCGUCGCUUCGUGUCGAGAUGCAUACGACGCCUCGCUGCCGUGGCCCCGCGGAGGCGUCGGCUGCAUGCUCCCCCGUGUGCCUAGCCGCGUGCUCGCUCCUGCUGCUGCUCCUGCUGCUGCUGCCCUUCUCUCAGCCCAUAUUCCCAUCGCCGUCCUGCUUCUGCCCUCCCAGACCCUCGUCGGCGUAUUCAUGCCUUCCUGCUGCUGCUGA